ACUGCUACUUAAUUUUCUUUGCCUCCCUUUCAAAAGCUCUCUCUCUCUCUCUCUGCCUACAUCUUUUCUACCAAAGCACUCCUUACAAAUCCAUUUCACAGGCAUCUGUGCUCAUUGCUGACAUUUCACCUAGGAUUCAACAAAGUAUUCUGUUUUAGGAAAGGUAUCUUUCUUUUUCUUACCCUCAUUGCAGCUCAGUCUUUCUCCAAAUGGGGAGGCACCCUUGUUGCUACAAGCAGAAGCUAAGGAAAGGCCUGUGGUCACCUGAGGAAGAUGAGAAACUCUUAAGGCAUAUCACUAAGUAUGGCCAUGGUUGUUGGAGCUCUGUCCCAAAGCAAGCUGGUUUGCAAAGGUGUGGCAAGAGCUGCAGACUAAGGUGGAUUAAUUACUUGAGGCCUGAUUUGAAGAGAGGCACAUUCUCACAGCAGGAAGAGAAACUCAUAAUUGAGCUUCAUGCAGUUCUAGGAAAUAGGUGGUCUCAGAUUGCUGCACAAUUGCCUGGAAGGACAGACAAUGAAAUAAAGAAUCUAUGGAACUCUUGCUUAAAGAAAAAACUUAGGCAGGGAGGCAUUGACCCUGUUACCCACAAACCACUUUCUGAGGUUGAAAAUGGAGAAGACAAGAAUCCACCUGCUAGUGGCACCAAAGAUAAAGCCUCUGCAGUCUCCAAUACUGAACUCAACCUCCUCAAAGCUGACAAUUCUAAGUCAUCAGGAGCAAAUUUACAAGAAAAAAGAUCAUCUCCAAUUUCUCCAAAUGGCUACCAAUUGGAGAGGAGAAGUACUUCCAGCUCCAAGGUCUUGAAUGGCAACGGCAACAACACCAAUGACCAUGUUAACAACAAUUUGAUGACACCAGCAAGCAACAAAGACUUUUUCUUGGAUAGGUUUACAGCCUCCCACCAUCAAGGUUCCACAAGUAACUGCCAGCCUUCGGAUUUCGUGGGGCAUUUCCCUCUUCAGCAAUUGAAUUACGCAUCCAAUGCCAGGCUCGCAACAAACUCGAUUCCCUCCCUCUGGUUGAGCCAAUCCAGCAAAGCUUUUGACAUGAACUCUGAAUUCUCUUCGACUGUGAUACCCUCCAUUCUUCCACCAGCAGUAACAAGCUCAUUUCAUUCUACUUCUAUGAGCUACAAGCCUUCCAUUACUGUUUCACCUGACAAUCCUUCAUUGUCCUCUUUUACUACCAACAGCUGUCGGCUGUGGGAAACCGGUAACUCCAGAAGCAAUAGUAACAGCAAUACUGUAAGCAAUGGUAGUGCCGAGCUGCAAAGCAACAGCUCCUUCUUUGAGAAUACCAUCUUUUCUUGGGGACUAGGAGAGUGCGGCUCAGCAGAAAAAGAGGCACAGAACCACUUGAUGGGAAGCCAGCACGAGGACAUCAAGUGGCCUGAAUAUCUUCAAAAUCCAUUGUUCAUGGCUGCUGCUUUGCAAAAUCAAAAUCAGCAAUCAUUGUACAAUGAGAUAAAAUCAGAAACGCAAGUCGUAACAGAAAAUUCAAGUGGUAUGUGGCCUCAUAACCAGCAGCAACAACAACAACCUUUACAAAAUCCUGAUAUAUGUCCCAGGGAUAUUCAGAGAAUUACAGCAUCUUAUGGAUAUAUUUAGCUUGCAUUGGUACAGGGAGCCUCAAUUUAGAGGAGAAAUUGAUUAGAGAGGCUUGAAACAGAUGCUCUUUCUUCAUUUACAGGUGUGCGUGCUAAAGAUUUUUCUUUGUACAUAGGUCUGAUACAAUUAAAACAUUUCUCACCCUCUGGUUUUGGAAUAUUUGUGAGCAAAAUUACAAUCCUUUUUAUUAGCUUUUUACUUCUGGGUGUGGUACAGAAUUGCAGAAUAAGGCUACUACUUGUGUAUGUACUCUUCUUUGCCUCAUUGCAUAUGCGUCAUCACGUUGCAAUUCUCUCUGUAAACAAUCCAAAACAAAUGUUAUUUAUCAAUGGGAUAUUUUCUUUUCUUUCUUAGAA